UGUAAUCCCACUGAAAUGCUGUUUAGUAAUUUAUUUUGUCUCUUUAAUUAGAAGGUUGAAGAGAAGGGCUAUUGUUGCUUCUCUUCUUUAAUUUUUGUUUUUGGAGGAUGAAAGCUUUUGUUACUAUCCUCUUUUUGUUGUAUCACUACCUACUACUUCAUCAACCUUCUUCUUCACUUCCUUUAUGCACUGAUUUAAGGGCACCUCUCAUUUCAAAGACACCAUUGGUCUUUUGUCCAUACAAUGGAAGUGUGUGUUGUGACUCAGCCAAAGACCUGCAGCUGCAGAAGCAAUUUCAUGCAAUGAAUAUCUCUGAUUCUGGCUGUGCUGCUCUUAUGAAAUCAAUACUUUGUGCGAUGUGUGAUCAGUUCUCAGCUCAGUUAUUUAAGGUUGAAUCAGGACCUCGAGAAGUUCCUGUUCUUUGUAGCUCCACUCUAUUGGUAAACUCAUCACAGUCGAACAGCGCAGCAAGUAGUUUUUGCUCUACUGUCUGGGAUGCAUGCCAGAAUGUGUCUAUAUUGAGUUCCCCUUUUGCCUCUUUACUACAAGGUAGUAAUGUAGUACCAGCUGAUUCUGGUUCUUCCAAACUAAACCAACUGGUGCAGUCCAAGAGUGUUUUCUGUGAUGCAUUUGGUGGUUCCUCUUAUGAUGGUUCAAUAUGUUUUGAUGGUGAACAAGUUUCCCUAGAGAAGUCUGAAACUUUGGUUCUGCCAAAGGGCUUGUGCCUUGAGAAAAUUGGCAAUGGGUCUUAUCUCAAUAUGGUUGCACAUCCUGAUGGGUCUAAUCGCGCAUUCUUCUCUAACCAAGCAGGCAAAAUUUGGUUGGCCACAAUACCUGAGCAAAGUUCAGGAGGUACUCUAGGACUUGAUGUGUCCAGGCCCUUUAUAGAUUUGACUGAUAGAGUCUUUUUUGACAGUAGCUUUGGGAUGAUGGGUAUGGUUUUUCAUCCAAACUUUGCGCAUAAUGGUCGUUUCUUUGCUUCGUUCAAUUGUGAUAAGAUCAGGACACCAGGAUGUUCUGGUAGGUGUGCUUGUAACACAGAUGCGAACUGUGAUCCUUCAAAGCUAAGUUCUUCUAAUGCAACUCCACCAUGCCGGUAUCAUAUAGUUAUUGCAGAGUUCACUGCUAAUGGGACUAUAUCAAAACCUUCCUCAGAACAAAGUGCUAGCCCAUCAGAAGUGAGAAGGAUUUUUACACUGGGGCUUCCAAUGGCAUUUAAUCAUGGGGGCCAGAUUCUAUUUGGACCUGCAGAUGGAUAUUUAUAUGUUAUGGUGGGAGAUGGUGCAAUCAGAGAUGAUCCUUACGAUUUUUCCCAAAACAAAAAAUCCUUGCUCGGAAAGAUUUUAAGGCUUGACAUUGAUAACUUACCAAGUGCAAAUGAAAUAGGUGACCUCAAUCUAUGGGGAAACUAUUCUGUCCCUCAAGAUAAUCCUUUUUCUGAAGAUAAAGACUUGCAGCCCGAACUCUGGGCUCUAGGAUUAAGAAAUCCCUGGCGCUGUAGCUUUGACUCACAAAGACCUCUCUACUUCAUCUGUGCAGAUACUGGGCAGGAUCAUUAUGAAGAGGUAGAUAUAAUCACCAAGGGUGGGAACUAUGGGUGGCAUGUUUAUGAAGGCCCCUUCCUCUUUAAUCCUCAGCAAUCUCCUGGAGGAAUUACUCCUGCCAACUCUAUUCAUCCUAUCUUCCCUGUGUUGGGAUAUAACCACUCUAAUAUAAACAAGAAAGAAGGAUCUGCAGCAAUAUCAGGCGGAUACUUUUAUCGUUCCUCAACUGAUCCAUGCAUGUUUGGAAGUUACCUGUAUGCAGAUUUGUAUGGGAGUGAUAUUUGGGCAGCUGCUGAAAGCCCUGAAAAUAGUGGAAACUUUACUACUACUAGGAUUCCUUUUAGUUGUGCUCAUGAUUCUCCUAACAACUGCAGCACCAUACCAGGAAGUUCCCUACCAACUCUGGGUUACAUAUACUCGUUUGGGGAGGAUAACAGGAAAGACAUUUUUAUUUUAGCUAGCAGUGGUGUGUACAGAGUAGUUCGUCCAAGUCGCUGCAACUACACUUGCUCGAAGGAAAAUGUCACAGCUAUUAUCUUGCCAACUGAUUCAAGUGGAAAAAAGUUGACUAACUUGCAUAGAGUGUUGUGUCUGUCUUUCUUUCUUUCUUCCAUGCUUUAUAUUGUAAUCUGAUAACUAUGUUGUUGCUGAGAAAGUGUCCUAGAGCACGAAACCAUCUUCAGGAUUAUUCUUAGUUUUUGGUUUUGAGAGAAAAGGAGGUGCGGUGGGUGUUCAAGUGGAUGGAGGAAACAGGCUCCUUAGUAUUUUUGCUCAA